CCUCCAAGGUCCACAAGGAAGCAGCAGCACCACGACGCUGGUUGCCGCUACUGCCAGUCGACAACACUUGACCAUGGCGCCGCUAAUGGAUGAAAUCUGUAUGGUUAAAAUUCAAUGAAUGCCCAAAGUCUAAAAGGAGAUAAAGUAUAAACAGAGAACUCUUAUCAACAUCACAGUGAGAAGAAAGGCAUAUAAACCUCUGGAAGCAACCCAAAUUGAGCUCAAUCAUUCUUUUCGAUUAUUGCCUCUGUUACCCAGAAUCCCAAAAAUGGAUACUCUACUCAAGACUGAACAAGUAGUUCACUUCGUCAUGUUCCCAUUCAUGGCGCAAGGCCACAUGAUCCCCUUGGUCGACAUCGCCAAGCUCCUAGCAUCCCGCCCCGGCGUACACGUCACCAUCGUCACCACGCCGCUCAACGCCGCCCGAUUCAGAUCCUCAAUCGACCGUGCAGCCAGCCAAUCCAACCUCCUCAUCGACCUCGUCCAGCUCCGAUUCCCCUGUUCCGAAGCGGGGCUCCCUGAAAACUGCGAGAACAUCGACAUGCUCCCUUCCAUCACUUCCAUAUUCGGAAUCUUCAAAGCCGCGGCUCUAAUGGAGCCAGAGGUGGAAUCCAUGUUCGAAACCCUGAACCCACCGCCCAGCUGCAUCAUCUCCGACUUCUGCCUUCCUUACACCAACAGGGUAGCGAAGAAGUUCAAUGUCCCGAGGAUCAGCUUCCACGGGUACAGCUGCUUCAACCUCCUCUGCGGUCGCUACAUCAAGCUCCACGAAGAGGAGGUGGAUCGGCUGAGUUCGGGCUCCGAUCACGAGUACUUCGUCCUCCCGGGUUUUCCCGGGGGAAUCGAAUUCACUAGGGCGCAACUUCCCAUACGCCCUGCUCGAGGUGGUGGGGAGGCGAAGAGUGGAGGUGUUGGGGAUGACAUGACGGAGGCAGAGUUGGAGGCGUAUGGGGUGAUUGUGAACUCGUUUGAGGAGUUGGAGGCAGAGUACUUGAAAGAGUACAAGGAGGCGAAACAGGGGAGGGUAUGGUGCGUCGGGCCCGUUUCGCUGACGAAUCGGUUCGAGUUGGAUCGGUUGGAGAGGGGGAAAUCCCCGUCGUCGACGACGGGUCGCGUGGAGGAAUGUCUGAGUUGGUUGGAUGGCGAGGAAUCGAAUUCGGUGAUUUACGUCUGUCUGGGCUCGUUGUGCAACCUCUCGACGACGCAGCUGAUCGAGCUAGCACUGGGGUUGGAGGCGUCGGACAAGGGGUUCGUGUGGACGAUCAGGGAGACGGAGAAGACGAAGGAGCUGUUCGAGUGGAUGGCGGAGGAAGGGUUUGAAGAAAGGGUUUCGGAGAGAGGGAUGGUGAUUCGAGGAUGGGCGCCUCAAGUUGUGAUCCUGUCUCGUCCUGCGGUUGGAGGGUUCCUGACACAUUGUGGGUGGAACUCUUGUCUCGAAGGAAUCAGUGCAGGGGUCCCCUUAGUGACCUGGCCUUUGUUUGCGGAUCAGUUCUCCAACGAGAAGUUGGUUGUCGAGGUGGUGAGAACUGGAGUGAAAGUUGGGGCGGAGCGUCCCAGUUUCUAUGAUGGGAAGGAAGUGACAGAAGUCAUCGUGAAGAGAGAGCAAGUGGAGCGAGCGGUGAUUUUGGUGAUGGAUGGUGGAGUGGAAGGAGAGGAGAGGAGGAAGAGGGCGAGGGAGCUUGGUGAAGUGGCGAAACGAGCUGCCGAUAAUGGAGGGUCUUCUCAUAAAAACGUUACCAUGUUGAUUGAAGAAAUCGUUCAACAACAAGAGCAAAGGAAAUCAUAAGAAGAGGAGAAACAUGUAUGCACAUAAAGGGGGGAAAUGUACUCUUUGGUGUCCAUAGAUAAUGUAACUUUGGAGCUAAGAUUAGGACAUGCUUAAUUGUAGUUAGCCAAGUUUGAGAAAUUAGAUAUUAGACCUAAAAUGUAAAAUCCCCUUCUAAAUAUAUAACUGAUUUUUAGUACAACUGAAUUCAAAUGAAAUAGCCGAGAGAAUUUCACUGUAAGAACAAAAAAAAGACUGAUGCGCGCUGAUAUAAACUAUCUCGUCUUUAUUGUUUUAAACGAAAAAAUUCACCAGCGCCAAUUAGUUUGCUCAUAACCAUACUUUGUUUGAACGUGGAAACAUUUUGAAGGAGAAAUAUGAGGUUAGUUGAAGCUAGAGGUGUGAGUUAGGGUUAAAUUAAAACCAAAUUGAUAAGGUAUUGGUCCCAAAAAUUGGUUUGGGCUUAACCCUUUGCAUUUCGAUUUAAAGCAAAAACCCAAAUAAAAAACAAAGAAACUGACACUAUGCCUUUGGAUUUUCGGUUUAUUAUAACCAAAUAUGAACCGUUAAUGACUUAUCGAUUCUUGGUUAAUUGAAAACGAUCAUCCCGAUUUUGAUUCGAGGAAAUUGCCUAGUUCUGUUUCAACUUUUCGUGCUUAAUGGUACGGUUAAUCGAACCGGAACCGAACCGACAGCCCCAGAUUUGAGGCUAGCCCAAUCCCACCUGUACAAUUUUGCACUUAACUCGCAGGCCAUAACCAAAACAAGCCCUGAAAACUCAAAAGCCCUAUCAGUCGGCCCAAUUAGAGAAAUGCCAGGCCAUUCGCCAAACCCCAUUUCUGCUACAGGCAGCCGAUCAAAUUUGAGUCGCCAAUCUUCGCAAGCAGUCUGCAGCACCACCGCGAUUUUGCUCGACGUUUGGACUUUGGGGAGACGACAAUGCUCUGCCAGGCCGCCAUCCCUACCUAAAAUAACUUCUUGCAUUUUGUAUCCAAACGACUUGAACCCUCCAAUCUCCAUCCGACCACACAAAUCGAAAUUCGUUACGACAUUUCCAUGACAGCGCUCUCUGUCUCUGUUUUCUGUCUCUCGAACUUUGUCAUCUUUCCUGGCCCUGUCUCCUUGCUUAUCUUUGCACUUACGUCACUCCCGAAAGCGUCCCAUGUGGCUACAGUGGCUGAAAUAUGUGGGCUGCGUGCUCUGGAGUUGAAGAUUGCUCUAUAGUGCAUGAGUUUUGGUUUCGUAUUGGAGUACUUAUUUAUGGUUAAAGAUUCAUCAUUGCCCACAUUCUAAAAUGGGAAUGAACUUAUGGACACAAAACUCUUAUCAACAUGUUAUAACAUAAUAAAAAAUCGACAAUAAAAAAAAAAUUUGAAAGAACAUAUAGAUUUAUGUGGUUCACUAAGUCGAUAUGUGUUAGCUAAUUCACAUGCAUGAGAGACCGAUUUUACAUUUUCCAAAUGGCCAAACUCUAACCCUACGUGGAAUAGAAAAUGUUACAAAUCACCAAAAACAUUAAACACAAAUGCAUAAGCUCAUACAACAAGACAUCCGUGAUUUCCAGUCAACGUCAGAUAAUUUGUCCUCAAAUAAUAGCAACACAACAUCAUUGCAAAAAAAAUAAAAAUAAAAGAGAUUUAGAACA